GAAUAAAUCCGUCGUUCAGUACAGUGCUGUGUCUAGUUUAGAGACUGGUCUAGUUAGUAUCUAGUGUGGAAAAAAUAAUUAACAUCGCAUUAAAGGAUUAUUUUUGUGGAAGAAAACAUAAAUCACCAUGGACGUGGAAGAAUUCCGAACCCGUGGCAAAGAAAUGGUGGACUAUAUAUGUCAAUAUAUGACAAAUCUGGAUGGCUACAGGGUUCAUCCGAACGUAGAGCCCGGAUAUUUAAAAAAAUUGCUUCCGGAAGAGGCUCCACAACAGCCAGAAGAAUGGAACAACAUUAUGGAAGAUGUUGAAAAGAAAAUUAUGCCAGGGAUAACUCAUUGGCAACAUCCAAGAUUUCAUGCCUAUUUUCCUAGUGGAAAUUCUUAUCCGUCCAUUCUUGGUGACAUGCUUAGCGAUGCCAUCGGGUGUAUUGGGUUUUCAUGGGCUGCUAGUCCCGCAUGCACAGAGCUGGAAACCAUCGUUAUGGAUUGGCUAGGUAAAGCGAUAGGUCUUCCAAACGAUUUUAUAACCUCAGCAAAAGGUAGUCGUGGUGGUGGAGUAAUACAAACCUCAGCAAGUGAAUGCGUGUUGGUUAGCAUGCUUGCUGCUAGAAACCAAGCAAUACAAUACCUCAAAAGUAAAAAUCCACAAGUGGAAGAUGAAAGUGCCUUUUUGCCCAAAUUGGUAGGAUACUGCUCCCAGGAAGCACACAGUUGCGUUGAAAAAGCUGCCAAAAUUCUUUUAGUAAAAAUAAGAAUAUUGGAACCUGAUGACGAUGGGAGUUUAGGAAAAGAAACUCUAAUUGACGCAAUGAAAAAAGACAAAGCCAACGGUUUGUUUCCGUUUUUUGUGUCAACUAUUCUAGGAUCUACAUCAAGCUGUUCUUUUGAUAACUUGCAAGAAAUUGGGCCUGUUUGCAAAUCGGAACCUUGCACUUGGUUACACGUUGAUGCUGCCUAUGCUGGAAACGCUUUCAUCUGCCCUGAGCUAAAACCAUACUUGAUGGGAAUUGAAUAUGCUGACUCUUUCAAUACAAACCCAAACAAGUGGUUGUUGGUAAAUUUUGACUGUUCCUGUUUAUGGGUACGUUGUAGAGUACGACUUACAUCCGCCUUAAUAGUGGAUCCACUCUAUUUGCAACAUGCCAACUCUGAUGAAGCCAUAGAUUACAGACAUUGGGGCAUUCCAUUAAGCAGAAGAUUCCGGUCUUUAAAAAUAUGGUUUGUGAUAAGAAAAUAUGGUUUAAGUGGUCUUCAGGAUUACAUCAGGAAUCACAUAAAACUUGCCAAAUAUUUUGCCUCAUUAGUUGAAACAGAUUCAAGAUUUGAGGUUGUUAAUAAUGUCCGUUUGGGUUUAGUAUGCUUUAGACUAAUUGCUCCUGACACUGUAAACCAGACCUUAUUGGCCACCAUUAAUGCUUCUGGUCAGUUGCACAUGAUUCCAUCUAUGGUUCGGGGUAAAUACAUAAUAAGAUUCUGCGUGACCGCUGAAAACGCUGUGCAAGAAGAUGUAGAACAUGCAUGGAGGGUUAUAAAAGAACACGCUUCUGAACUAUUGGCAACCAACAAAAAGGAAGCAAUAUCUCGUCCUCCUCUAACAAGACAAAAAUCCAAAAGAUUUUCGUUUACAAGAAGUGUAUCAAAAGAACUUUAUCAAAGGUCCAAAAGCAAAUCAAAUUUGCACGAUGGAGCAACUCCUAUUCUUGUGGCUGAUAGUGACGAAGAGGAAAAUCAGAUUAAUAAGGAUGAUAUUUUGGAUGCAAUCACGAAUUGCAGCAUUGCAUCAGAUAGUGAAGACGAAAUCUUUACCGAAAAAGUUAAUGAACUCAGAAAUCAAACUAUGAAGGAAAUUAAAUGUAAUGGAGUGUAGUAUUUUACACUUUUAUGUUUUAUUUGUAAAUAUUCAUGAUAAGGCAAGAAGUGGUUUAAUCAGCCUCUUCUAUGCAUUUAUUUCAUUUUAUAAAUUCAGUAUUAUUAAGUUAAGGUAAUUUAUUCCUAUUUUAUUUUUAAUUUUAAUUUUGAGCAAGUGUUUAUUUUUAUAUAAAUAAAUGUUUUUAUAAA